CCCCACUUUUUGUUAUUUGCUAAAUUUUCUCAUAUAAUUUUUUAUUGAUUACGAAAUCCACGAAGCAGAACUAUUCUGAGAACUGCACCAAGCCGAGCAGGCAAGCAGCGGACCUUGUGAGUAACGACAAUGGGGAAGAGGAGUUUGUCUUUCUUAUUAGCGAUCGUCAACGUCGUCUGCAUAUUAGGGCUUAGCAACGCGUAUGAAUCACCACAGUACACAGUCGUUCACUCGGAAUCGGAAUUUGAGAUCAGAUUAUAUACAGAUUCAGUUUGGAUGAGCGCUCCCGUCAAAGAAAUUUCCUUUCGAAAAGCAACCAGAGAUGGCUUCCACAGGUUGUUCCAGUACAUUGAAGGUGCAAAUUUGAACAAUUCUCGUGUACCAAUGACAGUUCCUGUGUUAACAAGCCUUGUCCCUGGAGCAGGGCCCCUUGAUUCAUCAGCAUAUGUCGUGUAUUUCUACUUGCCAGAGAAGUUCCAAUCGACACCCCCUCUUCCUCUCCCUGAACUCAACCUUGUCCCUGAUUCAUGGACCUCCAGUUGCAAAGCAGUUCGCCAAUUUUCUGGUUUUGCAAGAGAUAACAACAUUGUGGAAGAAGCUGAGAAGUUAGCCACCAGUUUAAGCAAGUCUCCAUACUGUACUUCUUCUUCUAGUAGCUUUGCAUACUCAAUUGCACAAUAUAACUCUCCACUUAAGUUCUUUGGGCGAGUAAAUGAAGUCUGGGUGGAUGUUGAUGGCUGCAAAUCUACUGAGGUGGCUGCAUAUUGAAGCUUUUGGGUUUGCCAAACAUACAUUUAGGUUAGUAUUACUAUACAUGACUUCUAACUUUUGUCUGUUUCAUUUGUGAUUAUGGUGAUUGGUGGAAUAUUAUCAACUAUCAAAUCAUCAUUGUGGUUUGAGUUAAUUUGCGUGUUUUGUCUGUAUCUUGUUUGGUUUUGUUAUAGAUUCCGUCCCUUUAGACAUGAAAUGAUUAUAUUAUCUUUAUG